UGAGCGAGGCUCUCUAGACAGAUGUGGCGGCGGCUGGACGGGGCCGCUCCGUUCCAUCCUACCUCGUCUUCUACCCCCCGUCUCGUCGCCCGUCCACGCCGUGGAGAGACCGCAGACCGGAGCUGCUCGCAUCGCCGUUGCAGCUCGCCCAACCAGGUGCCCGCGCGUUCCUGCUCGCCCCUCCCCAGCAGCGAUGGCGACGACGUUCUCAACCAAGCAGCCGCUGCGGGUCGCUGCACCUGCAAACAAAUGGCGGCGCCCAGGGUUGCCACUGGUUAAAAUGCAACAUUCGUCCAGCAAACGAGCUAGUGCUUCCAUUUCAUUGGCAUCCAGUGCAGAGGGUGCGGAGAGAAACGAGCCCGUAGUCAAAAUGUGUGGCAUCACAUCUGCCAGAGAUGCAGAAGUCGCUGCAGAGGCUGGAGCUAAACUUAUUGGGAUGAUUCUUUGGCCUAAGUCCAAACGGUCUGUCCAACUGUCGGAAGCGAAGGAAAUAUCCAGAGUAGCAAAGUCAUAUGGGGCUGAAGCUGUUGGUGUGUUUGUCGAUGAUGACGAAGAGACCAUCUUAAGAGUAUCCGAUUCAUGCGACCUUCAACUUAUUCAGCUUCAUGGAGAUAGUUCUCGAGCACUAGUUCCUGCUCUUGCCAAGAACAAUCGAAUUGUAUAUGUUCUUAAUGCUGACACGGAUGGAAAACUUAUCAAUUCUCCUCCCAAUGAAGAAUAUGGCAUUGACUGGUUUUUGGUGGAUAGUGCAGAGGGUGGAAGCGGCAAAGGAUUCAACUGGGAGAAUUUCCAAAUGCCGUCGGUGAAAAGCAAGAACGGCUGGCUGCUAGCAGGAGGCCUUCAUGCGGACAAUGUUUGUCAAGCCGCUUCCGCUCUAAAACCAAAUGGUGUGGAUGUUAGCAGUGGAAUAUGCUCUCCUGACGGUAUAAGCAAGGACCCGGAGAGAAUAUCAUCCUUCAUGAGAAGCGUACAAUCCUUAAGUUCCUGAUGAGGUCUCUAUUUAGACUUCCCCAGGCUUAUAGCUUCUUGCUUCAGUUUGUGGACAUCUGCAAAUAAGUUGUCCUGAAUGAUAGCAAUAAACAACAUUUUUUUGAACCAGCAAUAAAUAACUUUGAAGCUGAGUUCUAACUAUGCUUGUCUGAUUGUACCAUUUGACCUGUUCUGCCAUUUUACCAGUUAAGAUGGUAAGAUGGUGCAAGUGUAAAUGCAAGUCUUCUCAUGUU